CACAUACAUACAUACAUACAUACAUACAUACAUACAUACAUACAUACAUACACACAUACAUACAUACAUACACACAUACAUACAUACAUACAUACAUACAUACAUACAUACAUACUUGAUAAAUAUUUGAGUCAAAGUUACGAAAAAUAAUGAUAGAUUCAUAAUGAAACGGGAAGAAAAGACCUAAAGGUCUUUUUCACUUCCAAUAAAAAAAAUAAACCUGAGCAACAUACAAACAAAUACAAAUAUAUAUAUAUAUACUCACCUACAUAUAUAUAUAUAUAUAUGUGAAAAAAUAAUAAAUCAGAAACUAUGGAUAAAUACGAUAAGAUAGCUAAAAUUGGAGAAGGCUCAUACGGAGUUGUGUAUAAAUGUCGUAAUAAAGACACAGGGCAGUUGGUGGCCAUCAAAAAAUUUGUCGAAUCCGAGGAUGAUUAUUUGAUAAAGAAAAUCGCUAUGCGAGAAAUACGAAUGUUAAAGCAACUGAAGCACCAAAAUUUAGUCAACCUUAUUGAAGUUUUCCGAAGAAAGAAACGUCUGCAUUUAGUAUUUGAAUAUGUUGAUCACACAGUGCUGAAUGAGUUAGAGAAAAAUCCCCAUGGAGUGGCUGAAAACCAAGUGAAGAAAAUCAUUUACCAAACAUUGAAAGCUGUAAAUUUCUGUCAUCAACAUAAGUGCAUCCACCGAGAUGUGAAACCGGAAAAUAUAUUGGUCAACAAACAAGGACAUGUGAAACUAUGUGACUUUGGAUUUGCCAGAGUUCUUACAGGUCCUGGAGAUGAAUAUACUGACUAUGUAGCAACCCGAUGGUACCGUGGACCAGAGCUUUUGGUUGGUGACACACAAUAUGGACCUCCAGUCGAUGUUUGGGCCAUUGGUUGUGUUUUUGCUGAACUUCUGACUGGACAAGCUCUUUGGCCAGGAUUUUCAGAUGUUGACCAGUUGUACCUGAUUAAGAAAACUUUAGGUGACCUGAUUCCUCGACAUAAAGAAAUCUUCAGUAAUAACAGCUUUUUCAAGGGUUCUUGCAUACCGGAACCAGACCAAGUUGAAACUUUAGAAGACAAAAUUCCCUCUAUUAGUGCACAAGCACUUGCAUUUUUAAAGAGUUGUCUUGCAAUGGAUCCAGUGCAGCGACUGACAUGUGCUGAACUCUUAGAACAUCAUUAUAUGGCCUAUUGUCGAGAUAUUUUUGAACGAGGAACAGAUUUUGAUCAAAGGCGGAAGGAGAUCAAUGAGAAGUUGAAGCAAAAAAACAUAUCACGCAUCAAACCAGUUCCAAGACAGAGGCAAGAUCAAUCCAGCAGGCGCGCUAGCUAUGGAGAUGUGUUUGCCUUCAGUAAUUUACCAUCCAUCAUAACAAUGCAGACUACCUCACCAGUGCCGACCAAAACCACAUACCAGUCCAAGUUAAAAGGGAAAUUUGAUCAUCUACCGAAUAUUUGAAGAUAACUGACACCGCUGACCCCCACAUCCCCACAUUUUUUGGGAGUUUCAGACAUUUUUUUUCUCUUUGUCAUCUUGCCAUCCUGCCUGUCUAUCGUCCAGCCAUUUUGGAAGAGAUUUUUUUCCUCUUGAAUUAUCUUUGGUAGGGUGAGGCAGGACUGUCUAUCCCUUUUUUUUAUUUUGUUAUUAGUCCUACUUUGUUCAUCAUCAGUGUUUGUGUGUAUGUGUAUAUAUAUAU